AUGGCGAUGGAGCGACUGAUUGCGACCCACCGAAUUACGGGGGCUAGUUUUGGGAUCCUUUCCGACGAGGAGGUUCGCAAAAUCACCGUGAAGAACAUAGACAACGAAAAUUCGGUCAGUCGGUUGAUGAUUCCGCUGGAGGGCGGGUUGUAUGACCCGGCCAUGGGGCCGACUGACAAAGAUUCAAAGUGCGAGACGUGCGGGUUGUUCGAGCUGUAUUGUCCGGGCCACUACGGGAGGAUAGAGUUGCUGGUGCCGCUGUACAACCCGUUGGUGUUUCCGGAGUUGUACCGAAUUUUGCAGAUGAUUUGCCUGAACUGCCACGCGUUUUUCAUGGAUCAGAAGCUGGCGAUGAUGUAUGGGGAGGCGUUGCACGAGUUGAACGGCGGGAACGUGGAGAGCGCGCUGGAGCGCGUGGAGGACUUGGAGAACUGGAGGGAGGUGAGUUUCGCCGAGAGGGGCGGGGGGGAGAUGGCGUUGAGGUUGAAGAUGAACAAGAACACGUUGGAGAUGAGGGAGUGGCUGAUAAAGCGCUUUUUCAAGUCUCAGCCGACGAAGGGGUGCGAGAAUUGCGGCGCGUGUAGGUUGAAGUUGGUGAAGGAGAACAACGCGCAGAUAAUGGUGAGGAGGAAGUCGAAGAAGCUGAUGAGCGAGCAGUGGAAGAAGGGGGUGAGGUUCGAGAGCGCGUUGGGCGAGGAGGGCGUGUCCAGGUGGAUGUUUUACGAGGGGGAGGCGAAGGAGGAGAGAGGGGAGGAGUACAACCAGAGGGUGUUGUACCCGAAUGAGGUGAGGGGGAUUAUGGAGAGGGCGUGGAAGAGGAACGAGGUGUUGGUGAGGGAGAUUUGGUCGUCGUUGUCGAGGGAGUCGAGGGGGGCGAUUCUGACGAGGAGGAGCAGUUACGAGCAGUUUUUUUUGACGGUGGUACCGGUACCGCCGAACCGGUUUCGCCCGAUGAACGUGGCGGGGUCGAUGGUGAGCGAGAACGUGCAGAACGCGAAUUACAAGAGGUUGCUCUUGGCGAUGAAGAGGAUGGGGGAGUUGUUUCGAGAGGGCGAGGGUGAGUCUCGGGAGAGCCAGAAGGGUUAUUGGUGGAGGGAGAUGCAGGUGGUGGUGAACGAUUUGUUCGAUUCCGGGAUGUCGGUGUCGAUAUUGAACAAGCCUCCGGGAGUGAAGCAGGUGAUCGAGAAGAAGGACGGGUUGUUUCGGCAAAACAUGAUGGGGAAGAGGGUGGAUUUCGCGGGUCGUUCGGUGAUUACGCCGGACCCUUAUUUGUCGACGAGCGAGAUUGGCGUGCCGAUGGUGUUUGCGAAGCACUUGUAUUAUUCGGAGCCCGUGACGACGUACAACGUGAAUCGCCUGAGGGAGAUGGUGAUCAACGGCCCGGACGUGUACCCGGGAGCGAACGCGGUGGAGGACGAGUCGGGGAGGGUGGUGCCGCUGAGGGGGGACCGGAGCAAGCGAGUGGGCCUGGCGAAUUUGUUGCUGAAGCCGUGCGUGGAGGAGAGGCCGGGAGCGGGGGGCGAGGCGUCGUGUUGGGGAGGCGCGAAGCGAGUGCACCGCCACUUGGUGGACGGGGACAUGUUGAUAGUGAACAGGCAGCCCACGCUGCACAAGCCGUCGAUGAUGACUCACUACGCGAGGGUGUUGAAGGGGGAGAACACGAUCAGGUUGCAUUACAGCAAUUGCAGCACGUACAACGCCGAUUUCGACGGAGACGAGAUGAACUUGCACUUUUUGCAGAACGAGAUGGCGCGCGCGGAGGCGUACACGAUAUCGAUGAGCGACGAGCAGUACAUCGUGCCCAAGGACGGGACGCCGAUUCGCGGGCUGAUACAGGACUACAUAGUGAGCGGCGUGCUGCUGACGAAGAAGGACACGUUUUUGACGCGGGAGGAGUUCCAGCAGCUCUACUGCUGCGGGUCGGGGAGGUGGAGGAUGAGGCCGCCGGCCAUCUUGAAGCCCCGCGCGCUUUGGACGGGGAAGCAGCUGGUGACGGCGCUGCUGGAAUACCUGUUGCGGGACGAGGAGCCGUUGAACCUUUGCGGGAAGUCGGCGAUUCCCGGCGAGAUGUGGGGGGAGAGCGUGGAGGAGGGACAGGUCCUGGUUAGCCGGAACUACUUGGCGACGGGCUCGCUCGGGAAGAACCAGUUUGGCGCGAAGAAGCACGGGUUGGUGCACGCCGUGUAUGAGCUGUAUUCGGCGAGGAUGGCGGGACGGCUGCUGACGAUACUGGGUCGGUUGUUGAUUGCGUGGCUGCAACACGCGGGGUUCACGUGCGGGAUCGACGACUUGCAGCUGACGGCGCGAGCGGACGGGGUGCGCCACAGGCUGCAGCGGUGGGACCAGGAGCGCUCGUGGAGGGUGGCGGGCCUGUUUUUGAACGUGAUCGACGCGGAGGACGCGGCGCUGUCGGCGCGCGACGUGCAGAAGAUCGAGCAGAGCAUGAGGAAGGUGUACCAGCAGCCCGAGCUGUACGCGAAGUGGGACGCGUUCAUGAUCAGUCGGGUGUCGCGGGUGACUUCGGCGACGAUUGACGCCUGCAUUCCGGGAGGUCAGAUGAAGCCCUUUCCCGCGAACAACUUGAGCUUGAUGACGGUGAGCGGCGCCAAGGGGUCUCGCGUGAACUUCGCUCAGAUCGCGUGCUUGCUGGGGCAGCAGGAGCUAGAGGGUCGUCGGGCGCCGCUGAUGGAGACGUAUCGGUGCUUGCCGUCGUUCGCGCCGUACGACUUGUCGGCGCGCGCGUCGGGCUACAUCACGGACCGCUUCUUCAGCGGCGUGCAGCCGCAGGAGUACUUCUUCCACUGCAUGGCCGGGCGAGAGGGCCUGAUCGACACGGCGGUGAAGACGUCGCGGUCGGGCUACCUGCAGCGGACGAUCAUCAAGAACUUGGAGAGCCUGGUCGUCCAGUACGACUACACGGUUCGGGACGCGGCGGACGGGUGCGUGAUCCAGUUCCAGUACGGCGAGGACGGGAUGGACGUGUGCAAGUCCGGGUACUUGCAGGCGUUCGACUUUUACAGGGAGAACCUGCGCGCGGCGAAGAAGGUGCUGGGGUACGAGGACGCGAUGGCGACGCUGCAGCGGCUGGAGCGGCCCGCGCGCGAGGCGGACGAGGACGGCCGGAUUCGGUGGCUUUGGGGGUGGGGUGAGCGAGAAAUACCACGCGGCGCUGAGCGAGUACGUUCGGAGGCGAUGGCCGAUCCGGGGGAGAUGGUGGGCGUGCUGGCCGGCCAGUCGGUGGGAGAGCCGUCCACGCAGAUGACGCUGAACACGUUCCACCUCGCCGGCCGCAGCGAGGUGAACGUGACUCUGGGGAUACCGCGGCUCCGCGAGCUGAUUCAGACCGACGGGUCGAUCAAGACUCCCAGCAUGGUGCUGCCCCUUCGAAGCGCGGUGACCCAGCGCGACGCGGAGCGCCUGGUCAAGCAGCUGCAGAAGAUCAGCAUGAGCCAGCUGAUUCUGCACGUGACGGUGGUAGAGGAGCUGUGCUCGAACUCCGCCGGCAACCUGCGGGUCUAUCGCAUUCGCGCGGACCUGGACCCGUCCACGCUGGCGGACUGGUACCUCCCCUGGACGCUGGUCGAGACGCGAAUCGGCGAAUUCGUCGAGCUGCUGGUCCAGCGCGUGGACAGGCAACUGCAAUCGAACAUCCGGCGCCAGAAAGUGGUGUACAAGAGCCAGGCGAAGGAGUUCAGCGAGUACGAGGAGGAAUGGACGGCCGAACAGGAGCGCUCGGUCAAGGCCGUCAAGAACCGAGAAGACGAAGGCAACGACCAAGCGGAGAGGAAAAAGCGCUCCAGCGACACCCAAGUAUACGAAGAAGAAGAAGAGGAACCCGAAGAAGAGCACGCGUCCGUCGACGGCAACGAAAACUACGCUGAAGAAGCCGAGCCAUCCGACUUUUCCAUUGAUCCGCCCCUCUUGAGCGACGACGACGGCAACUUCAAGCACGGCCCGUCUUCUCUGGAAAUCGACAAGAGUUCGUUCUUCUUCACAUUCACGCUUUGCUAUCCCGCCAGCACGCCCAAAAUCCUUCUUGUCAGUCUCAUCGACGACCUCAGCUCUCUCCACGUCGUGCGACAAGUCCCGGGCAUCGAAAAGGCCGCGCUCAUCCACCACCCCUCCGCCCCCUCCGAAGACGGCUCUGUGCUCAGCAUUCAGACCGCCGGCAUCAACUUCGGCCACAUUUUCCAGCACCACCACCUGUUCCUUCUGAACUCCAUUUCCACCAACGACGUCCGCGCCAUCUACAAGGUCUACGGCAUCGAGGCCGCCCGUCGCGCGCUCCACGCGGAGAUUCUGAGCGUCUUCCAAGCCUACGGCAUCCUCGUGGACUCGCGACACCUCUCGCUGGUCUCCGACUACAUGACCCACUCGGGGUCCAUCCGCGCAAUGACGCGCUUCGGCAUCACCACCAACGCCAGCCCCUUUCUGAAAAUGUCCUACGAAACCACCACCAAAGUGCUCACCAACUCCGUCAUCUACGGCGAGUACGACAACGCCUGCUCGCCCAGCGCCGCCCUGGUCUUGGGACUGGUCCCGUCCGUCGGCACCGGCAUGUGUGAGGUUCGGUGCAAAAUCUAACCCCCCACCGCGCGCUCGCACCCGGCGCCUCCAGCAGAGAGAAACUGUACCCAAAUCUGUAUUUUUUUUCUCAGCUUGUCACAAUUUUUGACCUGCGCAUCGAUCUAGACCCCAUCCCCCUCUUCGCCGACGGCGCCGAUGAGAACGCCCAGCGCCGAGGAAUCGCGCCCGCGAACUGCGCGAGUCAGUCGACGCGGUUCGCCCGCGCCCUCAGCAUGCCCCUCCGCCACGUCAACCACCACCUGCGGGGAAGACCGCGCUCACUUGUGGACUCUCUAAUGCUCGUCGGAACCAACUCGAUAGCCAUCCGCACCCAACGCCGGCGCUCCGCCGCGCAUCCCGCGCUCGCUCACCGGUCGGCCGGGACUUGCUCGCUGGUCGCUCCCUGCGGCGGGACGCCGCCUCGACUCCACGCUUCGGACCGACCGGCGGGACCGCGCCCUUCUCUAGGCCGGUCCUCUCGUCAACAAGAAAAUCCCGACGGGACUCUCGCGGCCGGCAACCCCACCGACCGCCGCUCCAGAGAGUCCAUUAGGGUCGCCACCUACAACAUCUUAUCCGAGGCCUAUCACGAGCCAAGUCCUGCGUCGAUUUUGCCGAAAAAAAAAAUCGUGUUCAAAAACCGGGUAGACCGAAUCUUGCAAGAACUUGAAUCCAUCGACGCGGACGUCUUGUGCCUUCAAGAAGUCGAGAGCCGCAUUUAUCAACAAACCCUCCUCCCCUUCCUUCUCAAGAGGGGCUAUCACGUCGACUUCGUCGUCCGCGGACAUGCAAAAAAGAGGUUCGUCCCAGAAUCUUGGAUUCCUAGGAUCGACGGAAACUUGCUGGCCCACCGCGCAUCCAAGUUCAAACAACUAUUCUACAAGUGUUCCGAAUUGAGGGAACUGGUCUUUGAAAAAGGACAGAACAAAUGGGGCAUCUCAAAGGACAUUCUCAGAUAUAUCUUAAAAUGCGAUCAAAACAUCGCCGUGUCUAUUUUGCAGCCGUCCUUUCAUGACCGAGCGCUAUGCGUGGCGAACAUUCACGCGGUGUUCGGGAACCGCGUCGACGGAUGUCAACGAGAUUCAAAUCCAACUGGCGCUCCAUGCCAUUCGCAAAUGCAUCUUGCAACAGAGCGGUCAAGAUGUCCGCGACGUGCCACCGAAUCACGUCCUACCUGUUCCCAUCAUAUUCGCAGGAGACUUCAACUGUGCCGUCGGCUCCGGAAGCUACCAACUUCUGUCAAAGGGAAUUCUCCCCGGCGACUCCAGUUGGCUGAAGUUCUAUGGCGAGUCCGUCGUCGAUCGAGACCUGACUCAUCCCCUCAGGCUGAAAAGCGCCUACGCUUCGAGCUCUCUAGGAGAACCGGAAUACACAUGGUACGGGGACAGAAACAACUAUGCCACAUUGGACUAUGUGUGGUAUACGCCGAGCACGCUGGACUUGCUUCGACUUCGUCGCCUUCCUACUGAAGAGCCGAAGAGGUACCCUCGAUUGCCCAUGGGCGAGUUUCCGUCCGAUCAUCUGGCAUUGGUUGCAGAGUUUUCGCUCAAGUUCUGAUGGAUUGUGCGCGCUCGGCGCUUCUUCUGAGUGCAACGCAGGCUUUUCGAUAUUAGCCUCGAAGGAGCCCCUUUUGACGGGACGUCCGGCUUUGGGACGCAUCAGGCUCAAGAGAGUUCCGGAGCUGCUUCUGCGACUACCUCUGGAAGAGGCACGUAGCUAUUUCUGAGACGCUCGUCUAUAAGGGAGACGACAGGGUCCGCAGCCAAUGUGCGAUAUAAGGGGCAAUGUUUGCCACCUCGGCUUGUAUUUUUUUUCGGCGCGAUACCGAAGGUCCCGUCCUGCAUUUGGGCAGAUCUGUUUUUUUUUUUUCUAUGCACACGUGAAUUAUAGGCUUCUCCGCUUGUGCAACGGGACAGAAAGAAAA